AUGAACAACAACUUCUGCCGAGCCCUGGUGGACCGGAGGCCUGUGGGACCCCCCACGUGCAUGCAGCUGGGCGUCAUGCCGCCGCCCCCACAGGCGCCCCUGCCCCCCGCCGAGCCCCUGGGGCCCACACCCUUCCUGCUGUACCCAGGCCCCGCGGAGCCGCCCUACUGCGACGCCUACGCAGGCGUAUUCCCCUACAUGUCCUUCCCCGGCGCCUUCGGCGUCUAUGACUAUCCCUUCGAGCCGGCUUUCAUCCAGAAGCGCAACGAGCGCGAGCGGCAGCGAGUCAAGUGUGUCAACGAGGGCUACGCGCGCCUGCGCGGCCACCUGCCCGGGGCCCUGGCAGAGAAGCGGCUGAGCAAGGUGGAGACGCUGCGCGCUGCCAUCCGCUACAUCAAGCACCUGCAGGAGCUGCUCAGCGCGCCACCCGACGGCCCCGUCCGCGCACCGCCCGAGUCUGCCGACUCUUCCCGCUUCUCCUCCUCUCCUUUCUUAGAGUCGGAGGAAUCCAGCCACUGA